ACGUGUCUGGACGGUGUCAGGGAUGUCGAGAUGAUCGACAGCGCUCCGCACAAACUCAGGACUAACUCACACUAACCCGCAGCAGCGGUGCGGAUAACUCCGUCGUUUUAAUCUAACGUUAAUGUAGAUUUAGAGGUACAUUCGGACAUGUUAGGCUGAACCGAGGAAAAGUGCUUUAAAUUACUUUUGGAGCCGCGGCAUCGUCGCGGAGCUAAGUGAGCGGAGCUAACCGGAGCGGGUCCACUAGUAUGGUUGCACCGACACAGCAGAGGCGGGCGGUGUUAGCGGUGACUGCUGCGUGAGUCGGUGCCCUUGCUUUUACCGGUGCGUGCGGGAGCAUGUCGCGGAGGCGGCUGGACAGCCGCGGCGGGCUGCCGGCGCUGCUCGGGGAGGUGCUGACCCCCAUCAGCGGCGAGGCCAUGGAGAGCGUGUUCCAGGUGACGGGGGAGCUGGGGAGGGGGAAGUUUGCCGUGGUCAAACGCUGCGUGGAGAAGACAACAGGGAAAGUGUUUGCUGCCAAGUUCCUGCGGAAGAGGAGAAGGGGUCGCGACUGCCGGGCAGAAGUCAUUCACGAGAUGGCCGUCCUGGAGAUGUCCCGUAACAACACACGAGUGGUCAACCUGCAUGCUGCUUAUGAGACGGAUCACGACAUUGUCUUAAUACUGGAAUAUGCGGCCGGAGGAGAGAUAUUUGACCACUGUGUGUCUGAGGAGCCGCUGCCAGAGGCUCAGAUCACCCGUCUGAUCAGGCAAACUCUGGAAGGAGUCCACCACCUCCACCAGAGCAACCUGGUUCACUUGGACCUGAAGCCUCAGAAUAUUCUCCUGACGAGCCUGUCCCCUCCAGGAGACAUAAAGAUCGUAGACUUUGGUCUGGCACGCCGACUGGGUGUGGCUGGAGAGCUCAGAGAGAUUCUUGGCACACCUGAGUAUGUGGCUCCUGAGGUCCUUAAUUAUGAGCCAAUCACAACAGCAACUGACCUGUGGAGCGUUGGGGUCAUUGCCUACAUGCUGGUGACGGGUGAGUCUCCGUUUGUUGGGGACGACAAGCAGGAGACGUAUCUGAACGUGUCCCAGGUUAACGUGGACUACAGCAGGGAGACUUUCUCCAGGGUGUCCGAGCUGGCAGUGGACUUCAUCCGCAAACUCCUGGUCAAAACCCCCGAGGACCGGCCCAGCGCUGCCGAGUGUCUGAGUCACCCCUGGCUCUGGCAGCAGCAGCUCUGCCUGAGCCCGGAGCCCGUCGCCACCCGCACCGUACGCGAGAGGAGCUGCGGCACCAAGUGGGCAGCUCCCCUCGAAGACCCCGAAGACAAGGAGAACUUCGUGGAGUCACUCCACUCUCACGCUAAGAAGUUUCGUCUGGACGAGGAGGUGCCCUCUGCUGGAGACGGUGACUUUUGAGAAAGUUUGAAAAGAGAGGAACUGAGUGAAGUAUGGCAGGAACGGCCAUGUCCUUCUCUGCUUUUAAAAGUAUUUUAAGCUUCCAGAAAACCUGUUGUCAACAAAACCCCCACUCAAGAGUACUUAAGAUGUGUUUCUAAUCUGCUAAUUUGAUUUAGAUGUAAAAUUGACCACUCAAACCAAAGAUAACAGCUACUUUUUUGUCAACUAUUGCUGUGUGGGCAACAUGUGAACACUGUACAGUAUGUCUCUAUUCAUGCAGUAUGUUUAACCUAAAGUAUUUAAUUCCUUAAAGAGAUCUAUUGUAGAGCUACACAACAUUUUCCCUGUUUUGAUAAUAGCUAGUGUGUAGGAUUUCCAGGCAAAUCUGUGCAAUACUCUGGACAUUUUAAAUCUUUGCCUUAACUUAGACGUGUCACAGCCCCAUCCCAUUUCUGUGUAGUUGCACUUUCAAUUCAGCAGAAAUUUAUACUAUCAAGAUGAACACCUCUGCUAUGAGGAAGUGUGACAUGUUGAGAAUUUAAGAGACAGCAGGCCAGUAACAUGAUAGACUUGUAAAUAUGUCGUUGCCCUUGUCUGGGUUUUAAUUCACCAGCAGAAAAGCAAGAUAACACACUGGCACAUUACAUUCAUGACAGGUUUACCGGUUUUGUCAACCUUCCAUUCUCUUCACACGUGCUGCACACUGAGGAUUUAAAUGUAGCUCAGGGUUUCAAACUCACCACCCUUUACAUUAUGCAGUGCCCAUUAAAAGAACAGACUUCCACACUUAGGUUUUACUCGAGUGUUUAGGUUGUUUUCUAGAAGAAAGGCUUAAAGUGAGCAGCAAAUCUUGUGUUAUUGUAAGACAAGUUUAAAGCUGUAACAGCUCAACAAAAAGCAGUGAGUCAAACUGUUUUUCACACGCUACGCCUGCAUUUACUCAAAUGAUUUCCUCCGCAAGAAGUUCCUCUUUGUCAGCCAGCAGAGGAGAAACGUGACUUUAGCACUUACCUAAUAAGCACACAUAUUGAAAUGAUGAACAAAAGGGGAGCUAUUUAUAAAAGUGUGUAUUUGCUUGUCCUUGGUGUAUGUCAGUCUCUCACCAAAGCCAUUCAGCUGUUAAAGCUACUCCAGUCCUCCUGGGUCAGGGUGCCUGAAGUGAUCUCUUCCUGUUGUUCUCAUCUCAGGGCCUGCUGCUCACUCUCUGCUCUUUGGUUUUUUGUUUUUUCUUUUGUAUUCUUAAUGUUAUUCUUAUAGGCCUAUUAUUAUUUAUGUGCUGGACUUAUACUUUAUAUUUUUAUGUAAAUAAUGUGUCUUAAACGGAAGUGCCAAGAUAAUGGAGGGAGACGGGUGAUUACAGAUGAGUAAGGUGUUAUUUAAAAUGAGACGCAGUUAAAGGUUGGAGUGUAAACAUUGAUAAAUGGAAAUGCUGGAAGACAGGAGCGGGUUUAGAUGGUACUGGGAAUUAAAGUAAAUGUGGAAAAUGGGUGAGGUGGAUUUUUGACGGAAAAGUUGAUCAGAUGAUUGGAAGGAACUUGAAAUGUGUGUGUCUUGAGAGAAGCAUUUAAAAGAGUAGUUGGACAUUUUAGGCAAUAAAAGCAUGUGUCUUAACUAUUCCUUUAAGUCCUAAUGUUGUGUUUUAAGAUAUGUAGGGGAUGAGAAAGUUGGACAAAUUCACUGUAAAGUUUUAUUAGAAAGGUAGAUGUUGGUGUUAAGAAGCUUGACAUGCCCACUGUUUGGUGACAUAUGAGGUGUUGAAACUCACAGGAUUCACCAUCUUUUGUUCAAGUGAGUAAGACUUGACUGAAACAAAACAUCACCUCACUGAAAGUUACCCCACUAGCAACUACGAUUGCUCUUAACCUCCAGCAACAUUCCUCCGUUCGUGUCGAGGUGCCAAACCAAAUAGGACCACAUUGUUCGUUCGUCGUCGUCGUCGUCACCAGCAGGCACACAAUGGGCUUUGUGCUGGAGAUGGGCGUCUCCAGCUACGGCCAUGCUCUCAUCUCUAUGCUGUCAUCCUUUAAAACUGGAACUCAACACUGGAUGAGGUUUUCAUCUCAAGGGAUUUAACCAGUGAGUCAGUAGAUCGGAUUUUAAAUAAAUCGGUUUGAUCUGGUCAGCUGUUUGUAGCGACCAGAGAAGCUGCACUUUCUCUUCCUGUUGAAGCAGAAUUCAUUUUGCUACUGUACAAGAAAGAAGCUUGAAUCUUAUUAAAGUCUGUCGACACUUUCCUUUUAAUACCUCUUCCGUGUCUUGGGUUCAGACUGAAGCUAUCUUUUUGCUCUGGCAGCAAAAUCUGUAAAAAAAAAGAGUUAAGACUGUAACAUGCAGGUAGUUCAGAGUAGCUGGGUUUGUUUUGCAUUGCAGUGAUGUCAAGGAUUCCACUCAGACGAGCACGGCGGCUCACGUUUGCUGCCGUUGUCUGACACUUGAACGUGAGUUAUGCUGUAGAGUCGAGUUUGUUGUUUUGUACCUCUUUGUACGUUUAUUUUCAGCAGCUUGUAACUCGGUGGCCUCUGUGUUCGUGUGUGAGCGCUCAUUGUGCGAGCGGGAGGCGCUCAGCCGGCGUUUGUCCUCGAGAAGUGGAGCGCCACUGAUGUCACCCAACAUUCCUGUGUGAGCGAUGAGACUGAAGAGUAACGUAGGAGUCAAACCAGCCACAAGCACAAGCAAAGAAAUGUUUAAGAGAUGUACCUUUUAUUUUGCUUUUUAUGUAUUUUUUUUAAUGUAUAAGCAUUCUGAUUGCAAUUGAAAUUGCUUAAAAAGAUAUUUGUAUACUGAUUAUCUGCAAGAUAAUAUUUAGGCAUAACAAAGCAAACUGGAAAAGCUCAUUAAAGAAUAGAAAAUAA